CACGGGCAAGGGCCCACGGGCAACAAUGUCGGCGAGAAGUAGGACGAGCAACCAAUACUCGUCGACGGGGAACCCUUUCUACGCCAAGCUAUCGGAAUCAAAGGACGCGCUUGGAGCAGUCCUGAACAACCGGGGAGGGGACACACAUGGCAUCGCGGUGGAGCAGCCGCAGCUGAAGACAGCGAAACUGCGUGCGUCGAAGGUGACUGACCCCAUCCUCAGCAAUCCUCUGACGUCCCCAUCGAAGACAUCAUCAGAGCUGAGAGACAAAGACCUUUGCUUCGACUACUUCACGGAAGCCCUUCUGCGAGGCGUACCGCCUGUAGAUGGCUGCGGCGUCGGCACCCCCUUCAUCACCGAGGGUGAUGGCAACUGCCACCUGAACGCCGUGGCCCAGCUUUUCGUGGUGAAGAAAGUACGCGGGAUCAGGAACGACGUCAAGACGUUCGCCGCGAAGCUACGCCUGGCCAUCGUCCUGGAGGGUUUGCGGCACAUCGAGGCAUACGUAUCCGUGCAAGAAGAUUUCUUCAUGGAUGGGUCGAACUACGGGGAUGAAGUGCGUGACGAGCUGCCGAAGUCGGGGUGGAAGAUCGAGCCGGAUCUAGACAACAAGAUGCGCGUCGGGUCUCGUCAGUGCGCCAGGCUGAUGUUCAUUGCACAGCUCCGCCACACCGCCCAGAACCGUAGAUGGCUGCAGCAGUUCGUCUUCCCGAUCCUGGCCACUGUCAUACAGACCCCCCUGCGUGUCUUCCUUCCAUCCCGCAGCCUUUCGGACGCAUAUGGAGCGACGUGGGAUCACACCCUCUUCCGACCGCUCUACAGCUCUGGGCCGCCACGCCCAGCAGUCCAUGUCGUUUCAACGAUUGCCUCAUCUGCGGAAUAUCGACCUAAUUUCGAGGACGCGGCGGGUUGGCGGGCCCAGCACAUGCCGCACCUGCCCGAGCUGAAUCACUGGGUGUCGUUGUCCUCCGAAAACGCCGCCACAGCGCACGCGUCGGCCGUUGCGGCGUCUGCGCAGUUGAGGCAGACUGCAUGGCAGACCCGCGAUGAUGCGCAGGUGGCACUGGCACUGGCACAAGCUCAACAGGUGCCGGGGCAGGAGGAGACUAUCCUCGCGGAGGUGAAGACCGCCUUCAAGGAGGCCAGCGACAUGUGCAAGAAGCGCGAGGAUUACCACGCACUACUGACAGGCAACUACUUCGUCCCGUUGGCGUCUGCCCAGGCGGCAGCUGAAGCCGACAAGGAAGCCUACAAGAAAUGCGUGGAUGAAGAGUCCGAUGAAAGAAGGAGGAAAGCGAAAGCGGCGGCGGCGUCCCGGCCAAAACCUACGGAGCAGGGAGGGAGGUUGGGCGUCGGUGGGAAGACGGGAAGGGGAGAGUCGAGCGGGGGGGCAGCGAAGGGUGCCGGCGCGGCACAGGGAGGUGGUGAAGGCGGGGCGUCGGCUGGGAAUCCGGGAGCCGGAAACAAGGACGGGAGCCAGGAGGGCGGAGGCGUGGACCCGAACCCUUAUAUUCGUACACUCCGGCGCAGGGCCAAAGGAUAUCAGGAAAUGGCGGCCAAGUUCGAGUCUAAGGUGGGGUUGGAGUUGUGUGGAUGUUCGGGGUCUUUCACGCUCCAUGGCAUGAGGUUGACGAAAAUCAGGGUUUCUGCCCU